AUGCCUGGGGCAAAUCCAUCCCACACAGCUGCUGCCGAGCACAAAGUACCAGCAGACAAGUACCAGACAGUACAGCGACGGCGUCCCUCUGCGAUAACUCGACAAAAAUCACUGCGCUUGCACCGCGCGUUCAAUCCUUUAAACCCACCUGCUCGAGAUUCUGUCGGUGUCCGCGAGACACAGGGCGACAAAUGCACGUUGAAGACUGACCGCUGCCUUCGACCCUCUCCCAACCAGCCCUCCAAAAAAAAAAACAAUCCGCUCGGGGACGUGUCUGACCAUCUCGAUUGUUUUUCGAAUGUUGAGACGAAUUUAAUGCCGUCUUGUCGCUCUUUUACCACCACCGAUUCAACAGUCCCAUCGUUUUAA